AUGGCUCCAUCUCCCAGGAGAAGCAGUAGGAAAGAUGCCAAUGCCUUGCCAAGCAUGUCCUCAACUUUCUGGGCUAUCAUGAUCCUGGCUAGUCUCCUGAUCACUUACUGCAGUCAACUGGCUGCAGGUACAUGUGAGAUUGUUACUUUGGACAGAGAUAGCAGUCAACCCCGAAGGACUAUAGCUCGACAAACAGCUCGCUGUGCAUGUAAAAAAGGACAGAUUGCCGGUACAACAAGAGCAAGGCCAGCCUGUGUUGAUGCACGAAUUAUCAAAACGAAACAGUGGUGUGAAAUGCUGCCGUGUUUAGAAGGAGAAGGCUGUGAUUUGCUAAUCAAUAAAUCAGGCUGGACCUGUACACAACCAGGAGGUCGGAUAAAGACAACCACGGUCUCCUGACAAAUACAGCAACACAGAAUCCUCGUAGGAGUGGUUUAGGCUCUGUGUGAGCUACUUAACUUAGUCAAGUUUCACUGCUGUGGACCAUCAUCCAUUAUAUGUCAUCAACUCAACUGUCUGUUUAUCUGUAUCUCAUGAAAGACAGCAUAAUUUCUCUACAUUAUGAGCUAAAGUUUGUUCUACCAUACUAAGGAUCGCUGGACUAAGGAAUAUAGAAAAAAGAGAUAUGCUUGGGCAUUAGCAAUACAAAAAAGUUCAUGGUUAAUGUUUCAUCUGCGUUAUACACCACUGCUGGACUUGCUGUUACCUACAUGUUUUAAUCUGAAGAGUCUGCUACAAUGAAGAGUAUCAUCCCAAUCAGCCUUAGAGAAGACUGUUUUGCCUAUGGGAGGACACUGAGGUGCAAAAGAGAAACUCUUCUUGUGCCCUAAACUGUCUGAAUUGCUUUUAUUUUCUUAUACUUUCAAUAUAUACAAUAGACCAAAGAGCAAAAUCUAUUUUAAAGUGGACACAAUCUUACUGUUAACAGAGUUAUGUUGUUAAAUUGUAGGGGGUCUCCACAAAUACAUGAUUCCAGCUUUCACAAAGCUGAGAUGUUGUCCAGCAGAAGUCUUUAUGGAAAGCUGCAGUAAAAACUAACCCAGAGACCAGCUCUUGAAAUGACACAUUUGAGAGAACGUAAUGGAGCACUGAAAGGAAAUGACCUAUGUUUGAAAAACUUGGGACAAAAAGAACAUAAACUGUCUACAAGGCACCUUUAUUCCUCUGUACUUAGAUUGACUUUCUCGUACUAAAAUCAUUUUCAGUUUUAACCAGUUAAACAUGCCUCUUCUACAGUUCCAUUUUUGAUAGUUAAAGUUGGAUAAUACAGUAUUUGCAAAGAGCAUGUUUGGUCAUCUGUGGCCUAUGUCUCAUCUGAUACACCAUUUAGCACCAGAAAGCAAAUUAAAGAGAAAACAAAAGUAACACUUGUUUGAAAGAGAUCAUUAAAUGUAUUUUGAAAAGCCUAAAGUUAUAUAUUUAACAGUUUUUAUAUGUUGUAUAUUUGUAGAAAAUCCUAUUUAACAAUUAACGUGAUGACUCUGACAGUCAUGACAAGUGGUUCAGAGUUAAGUUGUGUUUUAUUACUUCAGUUGUCUCUGAAGUGACUGGUGUCGUUUGCUUUCUUCCAUUGGGACAUUCUGGAUGUAAAGCAUGACGAGAGAGGACUGUGUAGAAAAAGCAAAGAAUAAUGUUGUUUAUAUUACAUAAAUGCAUUCAACCAUUGCACUGU